CUUUGCUAGGGGUGGGUUCUUCCCACCCCCACACUACAUCUUGUUCUAGCUCCUUCCUAUCCCAGAUGUAGGCCAUUUUGGGGUUCCUAUUAGGGGUCACAUCCUGGUAAAAGAACAUUAGGGAGCACCUUUGGGCACCCCUGCUCAGCAGCCCCCUUUCCCCCAACUGGUUCCCUCUCUCCUCCAUCAGCCAGACCCCACCACCUAUGAGGGUCACACAGUCCCUGGGUCCUCCGCCACAAAUGCCCCCUUUUUCCUUGGGGCUGGGUGUGAAGGGACAGCUUUGGGACUUUUUAAAGAAAGAACUUUGCUAGGAAAGUAAGAGAAGAACCAAAACCAAACCAAGAAAAUGUCAAAACUUCUGCUGGUCCAGAAUCUGCGCUCGGCCUCUGGCUCUGUUCUGCUCCUCUGCCUUGCCUUCACCUAGGAAGCUGCAGACCUUCUUAAGCCCUCUGCAACUCCCUUGCUCACCUGCUCCCUGGCUCCCCAUGAGGGUGCAUGGGGGGCAGUGCUGCUGCUUGCCUUUCCAGGGGUGCUGCAGCCAUGGCUGUUCAUUACCUUCACCUCUGGCCCAGGCCUGUUCCUGAACCCCCAGUUACUGGAACCCCCAGUUACUGGAAACCCCAGGAUGAUGAGAAGCGAAGGAUGCAAACCAGGAACCCCCAGUCUCAUGGGGAGAAUGAAGCCUCACCCUGGAGCUGGGGAGAUCGUCUGGACCCAGGGGCUGAUGAGGAUGGAGAACUCACCUACGAGAAUGUUCAAGUGCCCGCAGUCCCAGGGGGGCCCUCAAGCUUGGCUUCUUCUGUACUAGGGGACAAAGCAGCGGUCAAGUCGGAGCAGCCAACUGCGUCCUGGAGAGCCGUGACGUCACCAGCUGUCGGGCGGAUUCUCCCCUGCCGCACAGCCUGCCUGCGAUAUCUCCUGCUCGGCCUGUUCCUCACCUGCCUGCUGUUAGGAGUGGCCGCCAUCUGCCUGGGAGUGCGCUAUCUGCAGGUGUCUCAGCAGCUCCAGCAGACGAACUGGGUUCUGGAAGCCACUAACAGCAGCCUGAGGCAGCAGCUCCGCCUCAAGAUAACACAGCUGGGACAGAGUGCAGAGGAUCUCCAGGGGUCCAGGAGAGAGCUGGCACAGAGUCAGGAAGCACUACAGGUGGAACAGAGGGCUCAUCAGGCAGCCGAAGGGCAGCUACAGGCCUGCCAGGCAGACAGAGAGAAGACGAAGGAGACCUUGCAAAGUGAGGAGCAACAGAGGAGGGCCUUGGAGCAGAAGCUGAGCAACAUGGAGAACAGACUGAAGCCCUUCUUCACAUGCCGCUCAGCAGACACCUGCUGUCCGUUGGGAUGGAUAAUGCAUCAGAAAAGCUGCUUUUACAUCUCAUUUACUUCGAAAAAUUGGCAGGAGAGCCAAAAACAAUGUGAAACUCUGUCUUCUAAGCUGGCCACAUUCAGUGAAAUUUCUCAACAAUCACACUCUUACUACUUCUUAAAUUCGCUGUUGCCAAAUGGUGGUUCAGGGAAUUCAUAUUGGACUGGCCUCAGCUCUAACAAGGAUUGGAAGUUGACUGAUGAUACACAACACACUAGGACUUACACUCAAAGCUCAAAAUGUACCAAGGUACACAAAACUUGGUCGUGGACUUGGAUGGCAGAGUCAGAGGCAUGUAGAAAUUCUCUUCCCUACAUCUGUGAGAUGACAGCUUUCAGGUUUCCAGAUUAGGACAGCCCUUUGCACUGAGCUGACACUCAUGCCAACGAGAACCUGUGCCCCUCCUUCCUAACCUGAGGCCUGCGGGUCCUCAGACCAUCUCCCUCAUUCUGGGCAGUGCCCAGCCACCAGCUGAUCCACACCUGACACUUCCAGCCAGCCUGCUGCCUGCUCCCUCUUCCUGAGACUGGACUGUUCCUGGGAAAAGGGUGAAGCCACCUGUAGAAG